AUGGCAUUGGCGAAUUCCAGACCUUUGCAGAUACCAACCUUAGAGAAUGAAAUUCUUCAUAACUCAAAUUCUCCAGUUUUUCAGUUGAAUUCAAUGGGGUUUACAACUAGGGCUGACACUAUUUCGAAUCCAGGCACGGACCUCAUCGGGAACCAGCCAGGCAUGACUCUUGAUGAUAAUAGCUUAUCAGGUUCUUCAUUAUCCUCAUCUCAGGAAAUCAAGACUUCCAAGUCUAGAAAGGACUUUGGCGCUCCUAAAAAAGAUAACCCACUAUUAGAAAUUUCUAAGCUAAUACCUGUUACCGGUGAGAGGCCAAAACCAGAUAAUAGAGACUCCCCUCUAGAUGAUGACGUUCUUCAUGCCGUUUUUUUAAUAUUAUGGGAAAUGGAUCCGAAUCAGCAAGGUAUGACCGUUAAACAACUAUGCGACUUACUUUUGCAAAAACAUCCAGAUAUGUCCAAUUUAUCAACCAAGUUAUCAAAUUUGAUAUCUGCGAAACUGAAUGCUUAUGUCAAAAAAAUUGAAAAAGGUGAAAAGACGUUAAUUUACGCUUUAUCGAGGGAAUGGUCUAAUUCAUCUCCUAGAAGGAUGCUUUAUAUUUACAGAGGUAUAUUAUCUCCUGAUUAUAAAGAGCAUGCUCAAGCUGUCACAUUGCAACUCAAACAGCAAUUAGAAACAUCCGGUGAUGUAAGCGACUUCAAUUCAAAUGGCAAGAAAAAAAGGGAGUCCAGCAGUAACCAACUAGCUAACAAUGAAAGUUACUCAAGUUCGAUGACUGACAUGAAAAAUACGUCUUCCAACAGUUCCUUUUCAAAGAACUUGAAUGUAGGAAAUUUGGCCUUUUCAUUAAGCCCAGAGUUCAACAUACCUUAUUCAACGUCUCCAGUGUCACUAAAUCUUUCUCCAUCAAUGAAUAACAAUCAACAGCAAUUACUGACACCUAAUUCGGUAUCGAAGAGUAAGAACAAUAAUAAGAAAAGAAAUUACACCGAUGAUAAUAUUACUGACUCGAUGAGCGAACCAAAGAAGACCAAAACCAAUAAAGCAGGCAAACAAACAAAAUCCCAACCAUUAUCCGUUUUAUCAACCCCAAAAAAGGUUUCUUCUUCUACAUCUUUAUCUACAUUUGUAAGUUCCAAGAAUGUUUCGCCAGAUUCUUCUCUUUCGCAUAAUGCGUCUUCAAGUACUUAUGUUACUGCUGCUGCUGCUACACCAAGGCUUUCUAAGCUAUUGCCAAAAAAUGGGUUUAAGAAAAGUUCACGCAGUUCUUCCGAACUGGCUGCUAUUCAUAAAGUAAUCUCCACACAGACUCCAAUUGAAAGUUCUUCAGAGAGUUCUGUCUACAAUAGUAGUGGUAGCAGUUCACCAGUUAACAGCGCUGCUGCUUCUUCUUCCGCUGAAUCUUUGUCCGACAUCAAUUCCAGUCAGGAUAGUGGAAGAGAAUCAAACCCAAGUUCCCAAGAAUCACGAAACGAAGUUACGAAUUGGAUGAAAAUUGUGAGAAAUGGAUUUUUGACCCAUGAUAUUGAAUCUCCUGAAUCAAUCACAUUAGAUGACCUAGAAAAUAUAUUCAAUUGA